GCCAUAGCAACAGAUAAGUUGUUUACAUUUUAAGGUUAUAAAGAUUCGAUUUCUAUCAGAUUUAUCGUAAAAUAGAAUUUUGAAAGAACAAAGGUUUAGAUAUUAAGCUACCAUGGAGGAAUUAGAUACUCCCCAAGUCAUAACGCAUAUUGAACACAACAUUAACCAUUCCAUAUUCGACUGCAAAUGGAUCCCUUGCUCUGCAAAAUUUGUUGUUAUUGGUACUCUGCCGAAAGGAAGUGGUAUGCUAGAAAUCUACGAAAUCAACUCUGGCGAGAUCCGUAAGAUCAAGGAGAUAGAAAGGCCAAACUCUUUUAAAUGUGGAACGUUUGGGGCUAGUAACGACAUUGAAAGACGAUUAGCAACUGGUGACUUCAAAGGCACUUUAGAAAUAUGGGAUUUAGAGAAGAGUUGCCAAAUGUACAUCACAAAAGAACAUACAGAUAUUAUCAACUCUAUAGAUGGAAUGGGAGGCAAUAUCAACAACUGCGGUGCCCCUGAAAUUGUCACUGGCAGUCGAGACGGCACAGUAAAGGUUUGGGACCCUCGUCAAAGAGGCAAGCCUGUAGCUAACAUGCAGCCAAUGAAAGGAGAAACAAAACGCGACUGCUGGGCUGUUUCCUUUGGCAACUCUUUCAAUGAUGCUGAGAGAAUUGUAGUUGCUGGAUAUGACAAUGGGGACCUUAAAAUGUUUGAUCUGCGAACUAUGUCGCUGAGAUGGGAAUGCAAUUUGAAGAAUGGGGUAUGCUCAACUGAAUUUGAUCGCAAGGACAUUCCAAUGAAUAAAUUAGUUGCAACAACAUUAGAGGGAAAGUUCCAUGUUUUUGAUGUUAGAACUCAGAACCCUACCAAAGGAUUUGCUCAAGUACUAGACAAUACCAGCAAAAGUGGUACAAUAUGGGUGGCGCGUCAUGUCCCUCAGAAUCGUGACAUUUUCAUAACUUGUGCUGGCAAUGGUCAAGUCUCUCUUUGGAAAUAUGAAUACCCAGAGCACAGAUACCACGUGGAUGGUCAAGGAGUUUCCAGCGGUGUACCAGGUAAGCUCAAGCGACUUCAGCGUAUGGUGGUCAGCACCCAGCCUAUCAACGCCUGGGAGUGGAACCGCGACCACCUCGGUCUGGCGGUCGCUACUGCUUACGAUCAGUAUGUUCGGAUCCUAGUCACUACUAAACUGAACUUGCAGUAGAUUUGUGUGUGAUUGAUUAUUUUCCAACGUAAAUAUAUUUAUGAUUAAGUU